AUGUCUAGACAAGUAUUCACUUUAUUAUCUACUACUUUUCGACGUAGCCCACUUGCGUUUAGAAGAAUUGCCUCAACAAAAUGCAUACGCUCUUUUACGACGAUUGGGAACUGUGGAAGUCCUCUAUUUGAACAGUUGUCAAGGACACAACAUAACUUGCCGGGAUCUAAGUUUAGCAACUCAAGAGUUCUAAAAUCUCAGCAAAUGCGUACGAUGUUUAUUCAAACACAAACCACACCAAAUCAAGAUUCAUUGAAGUUCAUUCCUGGUGUUCCGGUAAUGCCGGAAGGAGGAACCGCCGAAUUUCUUUCAGGUCAUUCAGCCUCCACCUCACCACUAGCAAAAAAACUGUUUCGCAUCGAAGGAGUCCGAGGUGUAUUUUUCGGUCCCGAUUUUAUAACAAUCAGUAAAGACCAAGACACACCUUGGCAACUAAUGAAACCAGAUGUCUACGCAAACAUUAUGGAUUUCUUUGCAACCGGACAACCGGUUCUGACCGAAGGCCAGCCACCAUCCGACACCGAAAUACAAGAAGGUGAUUCGGAAGUGGUGCAAAUGAUCAAAGAGUUGCUGGACACUCGGAUUCGACCCGCCAUUCAGGAUGACGGCGGAGAUAUCGAAUAUCGUGGAUUCGAGAACGGGAUUGUGAAGUUGAAGUUAAGGGGCUCGUGUAGAACUUGUGAUUCGUCGGUAGUCACACUCAAAAAUGGGAUAGAGAAUAUGUUGAUGCAUUAUAUACCUGAGGUGACGGCUGUUCAGCAAAUUUAUGAUGAAAUGGAUCAAGUUGCGCAACUUGAAUUCGAAAAGCUGGAAAAGAAAAUAGCAGCGAGCGGUCAUUGA